AUGUCUUUUGCGAUGCUUCGGAAAGGUGCAGCGUUAUACAUUUGUUUCACUGAGCUUAUCGAAAAGAAGGUUCGACUAGUUUUCAGUCGCAAUAGACUUUCUCCACUUAAAAAGGUGACACUUCCACGACACACGCACAUCAUUUGUCUACAUCAUUUGGGUGUUCGUGUAGUUCUUUUAGAAUUACGCUCCGAGUUUUGGAUACUCCGUGGUCGUCAAGUGAUUAAAACCUGCUUACCGUGCAAACUGUCUCAUGCUUUAAGUUCUAAAGAAAUAGAAACCCCUCUUCCAGCUGACAGACUUACUCCUUGUAUAACUUUCGAUACUACUGGAAUAGACUUUGCAGGCCCAGUUUAUAGUAGGACCGUUAAACCUUCAAAUACCGCUUACAUCACGCUAUUUACAUGUUCUACUACUAGAGCCUUGCACAUCGAACUUGUUUCUGACCUUUCUGCAGACAAGUUUCUUUUGGCCUUGCCAAGAUUUGUAAAUAGAACAGGACUUCCACAUGCUAUAUACAGUGACAACGCCACUACCUUUCAUGCCACAAACAAGGAAUUCAUUUUCCUUUGGAAUACAUUGAUUUCAGCGAAAUUGCAGCAAUUCUAUGCUCACAAUGGUAUAAAGUGGAAGUUUAUUGCACCAGCUUGGUGGGGAGGAUGGUGGGAGCGACUAAUAAGUCUAACCAAACGAUGCUUUCGAAAAUCCCUUGGUCGUUCAUUACCAGAGGAGGAAGUCUUAACUACGGUAUUAGUGGGAAUAGAAGGAUCACUCAAUAGUAGAACUUUGAUUUAUGAGCGUGGUGAGAAUGAUACAGAGGAAGCUUUUAUCCAAGCUCAUUUUCUAAUUGGUCGAAAGUUGACCACUGCCCCAUCCGGAACUGAGUCUAGAAAUGACAAGAUCACAAAUAUUUUCAGGCAGCAGCAAGACUUACUGGAUACGUUUUGGAAAAGAGGGUUCAAAGAAUAUCUUUGGAAUUGCGUACAUUUCAUCAAGUACGAAAUGUGA